UCUCCGAAUACGCGUAUCAGUCAUCGUCGUGUCGUCGUCGUAACCGUCAUGACCGCGAAAAUGGAACGAUCCUAUCCGACAUCAGCGACCCGGUGUCGAAGCGCAGUCGUAGGCUGCUCUCGAUACUCUGCAACUUCUGGGUGCGACUGGGUCGGCAGUGGAACAUGUGGUCAGACAUCGAGGUGGGCCUCGCCGCCGCGAAAACUGACCGCGAAGCCAAAAGAGCCGAACUGGACGCGGUCAGGGCCAAGGUCAACCAGCUGUCCCAGCAUCAACCCGGAGAGGCUGGCGGCAGCGCAAGGAGAGCUCGCGGCCGAAAACAAGGCGCUGGCGACCAAGGAGCCAAAGCAGGCGGUUGUGAUGAACGGCUACAAGAACUUAAAAAGUGCCAAAUGCCAGGUGCCCCAGCAGCUGAAGAAAAGGAGCGGCAGCAACGGUGCGUGGCGGAGGAAGCGAAAACAGCGUCCCAGCUGCAGGAGGAGCGUCGUCAUCUGCAAGCCAGGGUAGACGAGUUGCGCCGCAAGAUGCAGAAGGCUCCGAGAGAGCGAGAGGCCUUGACCAACCUCAAGACCCAGCUGCUCUUUAGCCUGGCCGUUGCGCAGCGGCUGGAGUCGUUGGUGCAGGCCAAGGACGAAGCGUCCGCGCGCAGGAAGAGUGCGGAGGACAAAUACCACCCCCUGCUGAAGGAGAGGGAGGCAGAGGCCGAAAGGAAGAGCCAGCUGGACGGCCAGACGGCGUUCCAGCACCAGGCCAUGCAGUCCAAGCUCAGUGUCAAGAAGGGCGUGAGUUGCGAUGAAAAUCUUCGCAACCGCGAGGGGCGCUGGAGUCUGCAGGAGAGUCAGCGGUCUCUGGUGAUCUGUUGGUUCGCGGGUGCCAGCACUCUUCUGAGGCUGCUACAAGUUCUGCUGUUUUGACUGAAGAGUGCGGAGGACAAAUACCACCGCCUGCUGAAGGAGAGGGAGGCAGUGGCCGAAAAGAAAAGCCAGCUGAACGGCCAGACAGCGUUAAAGCACCAGGCCAUGCAGUCCCAGCUCAGUUUCAAGAAGGAGCAGUUGGCCCAAGCGAAGCAGCGCCUUGAGGAGCUCCAUCUCGAGCGCCAAGAGGUGGUCUGCUCCAAGGAUUCCGAGGUCUGGCACUGCCAGCUGGCCGCCAUUCUAUAGUAGGCAAGGAGGUUAUAAUGGGCAGGAGGUGGCAUAACGUCACGGAAGUGGGCGUGGACAAAAAGUGUCCCCACAGUCUUUCGGCCAACAGGAAAAUAGUCCCGUGUGCUCUGCUUUUUGUGCCAAAAUAGGCAACGCUCAUGCUUCCCCUCCUUCCUCAAUACGUGACACGUUUCCUCUUUGUCAAGUUGAGAGCCGAAGAGAAAACCUCUGUAGUAUCCUGCGCAACAAAGGCUGCUUGCACUCGGCACCAUGCAACAUACGGCAGUUUGCUCUUGGAUGUUCCAUUCUGGUUGUGAACUGCAAAGGGUGCAUUUUUCACUCUUCCUAUGAAAUUCGCGCGAGUGUGCAGGUUGCUUUGCCAUAUUUGGGCAUCUUCUUCUGCGGGCCCCCAAAUC